GUGUGUCCUGAGCCCAAGAGUACUGCUUGUUGGAGCCCAGGAGGUGGGGAGUUGGUCCUUGGGCCCAGGAGGGACAGAGGGGAGGGACCGAAUCCACUUCUCUGCUCCCCACUUCUCUCAGCCAGUCCUCUGGAGUCUUCCGGCCACUUUCCCGCACUCAGGCUUCCUGGGAAAGUGAAAAGAAACUUCUCCCAGAUGGAGAGAGUGCACCUGUUCAUCGUGGGGGUCUACCUGCUGUCCUCCUGCCGGGCAGAAGAGGGGCUCAACUUCCCCACGUAUGACGGCAAGGACCGCGUGGUCAGUCUCACGGAGAAGAACUUCAAGCAGGUUUUGAAGAAAUACGAUGUGCUCUGCCUCUACUACCAUGAGGCAGUGUCCUCAGACAAAGUCGCACAGAAACAGUUCCAACUGAAAGAAAUUGUGCUCGAGCUUGUGGCCCAGGUCCUGGAACAUAAAGAUAUAGGCUUUGUGACAGUGGAUGCCAAGAAAGAAGCCAAGCUUGCCAAGAAACUGGGUUUUGAUGAAGAAGGAAGCCUGUAUGUUCUUAAGGGUGAUCGUACGAUUGAGUUUGAUGGAGAGUUUGCUGCUGACGUCCUGGUGGAAUUUCUUCUGGAUCUAAUUGAAGACCCUGUGGAGAUCAUCAACAGCAAGCUGGAGGUCCAAGCCUUCGAACGCAUUGAGGACCAGAUCAAACUCAUUGGCUUUUUCAAGAGUGAGGACUCGGAGUAUUACAAGGCUUUCGAAGAGGCAGCUGAACACUUCCAACCUUAUAUCAAAUUUUUUGCUACCUUCGACAAAGGGGUUGCAAAGAAAUUGUCCUUGAAGAUGAAUGAGGUUGACUUCUAUGAGCCAUUUAUGGAUGAGCCCAUUGCCAUCCCUGACAAACCUUACACAGAAGAGGAGAUCGUGGAGUUUGUGAAGGAGCACCAAAGACCCACCCUACGUCGCCUGCGUCCAGAAGACAUGUUUGAAACAUGGGAAGACGAUUUGAAUGGGAUCCACAUUGUGGCCUUUGCAGAGAGGAGUGACCCAGAUGGCUACGAGUUCCUGGAAAUCCUGAAACAGGUUGCCAGGGACAACACCGACAACCCUGACCUGAGCAUUGUGUGGAUCGACCCGGAUGACUUUCCUCUGCUCGUUGCCUAUUGGGAAAAGACUUUCAAGAUUGAUCUAUUCAAGCCACAGAUUGGGGUGGUGAAUGUGACAGAUGCUGACAGUGUCUGGAUGGAGAUCCCUGAUGACGAUGACCUGCCCACAGCCGAGGAGCUGGAGGACUGGAUCGAAGAUGUGCUUUCUGGAAAGAUAAACACUGAAGAUGAUGACAAUGAAGAUGGGGAUGAUGGCGGCGACGAUGAGGAUGAGGACGAUGAUGAUGGUGAUAAUUCUGAUGAGGAGUCUAAUGAUGACAGUGAUGAUGAUGAUGAGUAGCUCCGACUCCGGCUGGUGGAUGAAAGCACAAUCAUAGCUGCCCACUGCCCUGCAGAUAGCCCCGGGGGGCGGCAAGCAGCCCUGGCCCCCUCCCACCAGCACCUUCCCCCUUUUCCUAUCCCUUUUCCCACCCCCUUCUUAUUGGGAGCUGUACCGUUCAACAAAUGCCUCUAAACCCAGUAAUCCCACUCAGCAGGGACAGGUGGGGAAUUAUUCCCAUGUGGACUGUCUUGAUUGUCUUGGAAAAGCUCUCGUUCUUUGCCAGACCAUCCAUGGUCAGGCAGUGCCGGAACCUGGCAGUCUGGGGACAACAAUCCCCUGACACCUUGACUCAAGUUUACUUGUUGUCUUUGAUGGGACAGUAACAGAAUUGACAGCUGGAAAACUCAAAGCAUAGAGUGAUCUCACAGUCAGAGCCCAGGAGACCCAUGAUUAAUCCAGUUAGCCCCUGUGCCUAGAACAUCAGUGACAAUCCCUCCUUAAGGCAAGAGGUUCCCUCCUAGGAGAGGCUCAGCCUUAGAAACAAGUUUCUAAAUCAGGUUCUCUUGGCUCUAUUAAACUGAUUAUGUCAAGUGUAUGUCACGCCAUUAUGAACUCAGAUCCAAGUGUUUGGACAGCUAUCGGGAGGCCUUGAAACACAUGUGUACAGAUGUCCCAAUCAUUUUUGGUAUGUUGGGAUAUGGGAUGGGAGGUUGAUUUGCUUUCUGAACUUCCCUUUAGUGACAAGUCUCACAUGAUAGGCAAGGGGGUGGGGGAACUGGAAGGAUGAAAUGUUUUCAGUUUUUCCUGCUGGGUUCAUGCCCCUGAUUGAGUCAGUUGGCUUCCUAGCCUGAGCUGGGAUCUGGAUACCCUUUUCUGUUGCUGUGAGUGAGCCCUCCCAUUGGGAGGGAAAGUUGGUUUAUCCAGAAGUCAAUCAAUGCUCCAUUUGUCAGCCCUCCCACACUUGAGCAGGACAAUAGCUAGAGUUCAUAAUGGUGCCCUGAGGCACUGAGAAAACCCCAAAGUGCCUUCCAAACUAUCUAGAGGUUACCUUGUGCUCGUAGUUUUAGCAUUAAGUGUGCAUUUAUCAUGUUCUAAUUUAUUUUCAAUCUCUUAACACAUGUGUAAGACACUGUACAAAUUCUUUGGAAAUAGAGUAAUCCUUUUAUGGAAUAGUAGCCAACUAACUGUCAUUAAACUUAUACUUUGAAAAUAUUGAGACUA